AUGGCAGGCAAAGAUAACAAACAAAAGACGUAUUUGUUCUUGCUAAAGAGUUUUCAGAACAGUUUGAUAGUUUUCCUUAAGGAAACUGGACUUCAUGGACUUAAGUUUGUGGGCGAUGCGACGCUCAGCAUCUGGGAGAGGUCGUUCUUUUUGAUUGCUUUUGUGGUGGCUUUUGUACUGACUUUCCAAUUGAUAUCCAACAUAUACGAUAAGUGGAAUAGCACUCCAGUCAUCAUAGGCAUUAGUCCACAUGCCACAUCUAUACUAAGAGUGCCUUUUCCUGCCAUCACCAUAUGCAACAUGAACCAGGUGCAGCGCAGCAAAGUGUUUCAAUACAGGGAUGGUACACAAGAGAGUGAUCUGCUAAAAGUGCUAUGCAGCGAUGAGAUGGAGGACACCGAAGAAACUACUGAUGCGGAAAAGCUUGCCUUUUAUGCUUCUUUGGCAAACAACACCUUGAAAAUAUCUGAGUUUGUGACAAAUCAUUCACAAACUUGUGAACAAAUGUUACGCUAUUGCAGAUUCAGUGCUAUUGAAUAUAAAUGUUUGGAGUUAUUUCGCCCGAUUGUCACAGACGAAGGACUCUGCUGUGUCUUUAAUUUUCUGCCACCCGAGCGACUUUAUAAACGACAAGGUAGAAAUUUAAGCUCCCGGCUUGGCAAUGAGUCUGUGCCCUGGGAUCCAGAGAUUGGCUAUCCCAAAGAUUUGCCCAACCGUUAUUAUCCACGUCCAGCUGUGGGUUCUGGCAUAACAAUGGGCUUUAGUGUUGUGCUCGAUGCCCAAUUGAAUGAAUACUUUUGUUCCUCCACGAAUGGACCUGGCUUCAAGCUGUUGUUUCACAACCCCAUCACAACGCCCGAUAUGAAGGACGAAGGACUUGUCGUUGGCAUUGGCUACGAGAUGAACUUUCGCCUGGAGGUCAGCAGGUCAGAGGCCAUGCCAAGCAUUCGCUCCAUUGCCAUCAACAGUCGACAGUGCAUUUUUAUGGACGAGAGGAAGUUGCUGUAUCACAACCAUUACUCGCGCCGCAACUGCGAGAACGAAUGCUAUGCCAAGUUCCUUUACGAGGCUUGCGCCUGCAUUCCCCACAAAUAUCCCCACAUCUAUCGGAAUGCCAGUGUUUGCACCGUGGGCGAUACGAUCUGUAUUCGGCGGGCAAUGCGACUCGAGAAUGCCGCCCAAGCCGCCAAGUGUCGCAAGCAAUGUUUGCCGGGCUGCUUUGAUCUGUCCUACCUGGCGGAUGCGUUAUAUUUUCCUCUUGCCAAGCGGGACUUUCGCAUUGCCAAUUCACUUGUUGCCUCCAUGAACAAAUCGUAUUUGCUGGACAACAUUGCGGUCGUGAACUUGUACUACAGGGAGUCAGCCUAUUACGGCAGCAUGAAGAACGUCUAUAUUGGAUUGACCGAGUUCUUGUCAAAUAUCGGUGGUGUUAUGGGACUGUUUAUGGGAUUCAGCGUCAUCUCGUUAGCGGAAAUGUUUUAUUUCCUUAUUUUGAAGCCCAUCUCAGAGUUUAUAGCCUGGAAACGUGGCAAACUGGUGGAAACCAAAGAGAAUACCAUCGAUGUGAAUGCUGUUCAAGAGCUGACGAAGCAAAACCAAAACUUAUGGCAUACUCGAGAACUCUAUCCCAAGGGAUUCAUGUCAAAGGCCAUAGAUGUCAGUGGUCAGUCAACAAAAGAUGUAUUCAAGCCAAGAAAACCCAUGUUACACAGAGCUUUCUACUAAAUUGAAUAUUAAAUUAAACACUACUAUUUGUGUGUUGUCCGAGAAACUAGAAUCUGCAGCAUCAUCGGUAUAAAUAUUUGUUACUUAACCCACAACGAAAUAGGUCAUCGUAGAAGCACAUUUAAAUGUCAUGCUUGAGGUUGCAAGUGUCCCCGAGUUAAUGGCGAAAUCUAUAAUUAUAAUGAGUUUGCAUUCUUGUGUUUAUUAAAAUCAACUACGCAA